UCAUGUAGUUCAUUUUCGAACGUAGGGCCCACAAAUUGGAUCUAAAUUCGAUUUUUAAAAACACGACAAUCUAAAUUUUUAGUUUUUAAAUUGAGUUUCGUGGGGGCCUAGGCACGGGUUUUACCAAUGAGCUCCAGAUUCGCCGGCUGCCUGCUCACGCGGAUGUCCGCUCCUCAGGUCCGCGGAUCCAUGGGCAUGGCUAUCAAGUGGCAGCUGCGCAGCUACUGUGAUCCACCUCUCAUGGCCAGCGAUGCCUACAAGGCGGUGAAGGAGCAAAAGGCACUCGCAAUGAAGAAAAAGCAGGCGGCCGACAAGAAGGAGGCGGCCAAAAAGGAUGCCGAACGCGUUAAAUACAAGUUGAAGAAGUGCAUCGAGGUCAAGUCGAAGGCGCUGAAGGCGAAAAUAAAGUGUAUGUCGCCGGAGGAGCAGAAGGCCAUGGGGGAGAUGAUGGACUGCGUGAUGACGGGCGUCAAGAGAGUCUGUCUGAAGGCCGUGAUGCAGAAGUACUGCAGGGAGCAUGAACUCAAGCUCCGCUACGAGCGGCUGAUAAAGGCCAAGAAGAUUGAGAAGUUAAUGAAGGCAUGUCCGGCAAAGAAAAAGGACGACUCAGCGGAAGGGAGCAAGGGGCCCACAGGGAAAGAGACCAUAUGUAAGGAAUCAGAAACGCUUAAGAAGUGCAUAGCAGAUACCACAAAGCUCUUAGAAGCCGAGUUGGAGAGAGAGAAUCAGAAGGAGAAAGAAAAGUGUAAGGAUAAACCGGAGGAGGAUAAGUGCGACGCUAAGACUAAGAAGUCCGCGAAGAAAGCAGCAGACGGGUCUACAGAGAAGGGCAAAGAUGAUACAAAGAAGAUGAACGAUAAAGAUGAAACGCCAAAAGUUAAGGAUAAAACAAGUACCAAGGAUAAGGGCAAUGAUCCUGCGGAAAAAGCUAAGGCUUCUGAUAAGCCCAAAAAGAAUCCUAAAGCUAAAGCAGCAAAUGACGAAGCUAAGGAAGCCAAGAAGCAGGAGUGCCCAAAGAAGUCCAAGGAGAAACCGAAAUGUCCCGAAGGAGACGCGAAAAAGUCUCCAUACGAGCAGAAGAUGGAAGAGUGCAUAUCUGAAGAAUGGAAGGAUGUAUGCAAAGCCCAGGAGAAGAAAAAGACUGAUCUGUCUGCCAUAGAAGACUGUCUCAAUGCGCAAAUCAAGAAGAGGUGCCGCAAGAUGGUGAUUAAGAUGAUGUGUGCAGACGCCUUUGGAGAGCUAAAGAAGAAGAAUAGGUGCACGGCAAAAAAGGAAAGUGGAGAAAGCUGCGUUCAAAAGAAGUGGAAAGAGGCUUGCCCCACUAUUCAAGAACUCGCCGAGAAGAAUGACGUAGAUUUUGCCGAAGCCUCUGAAGAAGUGAAGAAAAUGAUCGAGAAGUCCUGCAAAGAGGAUGAACAAAGCAAGGAGUGUCAGAUUAAGGAAAUACAAGAAAGUAUCGAAAAGUGUGCAAUGAAGAAGAAAUGCGCAGAAGCAAGACAGAAAAGCAAGUGCAAUGAAGUAGAGAGAAAGAAAAAGCGAGAAGAGGAGGAGAAAAUGAAGAAAUGUGAAGAGGAAGCAAAAAAGAAAAUAUGCCAAGUUCUAGAGAAAACACGAGAAGAUAUAAAGAAAACCGACAGUGAACUUAAAAAGGAGUGCGGAAAGAAAGAGUGCAAAAGGGAAUCAGAUGAGGAAAUAAAGAGAAAGUGCAUAAGAAAAGCUUAUAAAGAAGUAUGCGAGGUGAGGAAAAAACGGAAGGAACUGUUGCAAAGAGAGCUGAUGGUAAAGAACAGGGUCGAAGAAGAUUGCGAUGAUGAGCAGCAGAAAAAAUGCAGAGAGCAAGAGAAGAAAAAUAAAUGCAAAGAGGAGGAGGAAAAGAAAAAAUGCGAAGACAAAGAGAUAGAAGAGAAAUGUGAACAGGAACUGCAAAAGAUUAAAUGCGCCGAAAAAGCCAAAAAGAAGAAAUGCAAGCAACUGAAAAAGAAACUGAAAUCACUCAAGAAACAAGAAAAAGAACUAAACUGUAAGCUUAAAGAGCUCAAGAACAAGGAAGAACAAAUGAAGAAAGCGGAAGAGGAAGAGAAAAGGAAAAAGUGCGAGGAAGAUAAGGUUUUAAAAGAGUGUGAUGAAUUCGAUAAGAAAGAGAAAGCCGCCGAAGCUGAGGAAAAAAAGAAGACGCCGACCAAAUAAACAUUACCCCAAAAUAAUUAUUAAAGGAGAAACAACAGAUGGACAACUGCGCUUUCAAGGACCCCAGAUUAUCAUUGCUUGCCAAGGGAAAGGCUUAAAGGACCACGGCGGUCGUCAAGGCCGCUUGUCCUUCAGUUGAUGCAGCGGAUUUCCUAUGCCAGGACUCAUUUGCCUAGAUACAUGAUUCCAGAUUUUCAGAACAGGUAAUCGACUGUAGCAACUGGGCUGUCGUUCUUGCCACCGUCACCGUGGUCUUGGUCAAUUCAAAGGACAACAAUGGAAACUUAUGGAAAUUCUGAAAAGCGUAUGGUACAUAUGAUCCCCCCGGGACCCCGUUGCCUUUCUAGUGGACGCCCAGACCAUCAACAUCAUUGUUCGCAUGGCCUUCGUUCGACUGGGAGAUUCGAUGAAAAACCCAUCAUAUGUUUUGCUCUCGAAGCUGUCAUGAAUUUUAUUUCACUUUGCUUAGUUUUUUAAUAAAAUCUCCCGUGACUGCCCCCACGUAAA